AUGAAGGAUAAUGAGUCCUUGAGGGAGUUUGUAAAGCGGUUUGGUCAGACUGUCCUACAGGUGGAGGCUUGCAGCAUGGAUGCCCUCCUACAGAUCUUUAAGCGAAGCAUCUGCCCAAGCACCCCAUUUUUCGAAUCACUCGCUAAAAAGCCUCCUACGACGAUGGACGACUUGUUCCAGCGUGCCAACAAAUACUUCAUGCUCGAAGAUGACGUACGAGCAGCCACCCAAAAACAAGUCUUGGUUGCCGGACAGGCAUCCAAAAGUGGGGCGGAGAGAAGUGCCAAACUUUCGGACAGGCCAAGGCCAUCCGAUCGAAGGCAGGAAGGGCCAAGUCACCCGGAAAUGUCGCCCCUCACACCCCUUUCCAUAUCCUAUGAGAAGCUUCUUCCUAUGAUCCAAGGCAUGUCCGAUUUCAGGUGGCCUAGACCCCUUGGAACGGACCCGUCCAGAAGGGAUCAUACUAAAAAAUGCGCCUACCACAAGGAGCAUGGCCACACAACGGAGACAUGCAGAAGCCUCCAAUAUUUGCUGGAAAGACUUAUAAAGGUGGGACAUUUGAGGCAAUACCUCCGCUCAGACGCCGGAGGUAGAGACGCUUCCCGGAAUCACAACUCUGGAACCCCCAAAGCCGUCAUAAACUACAUUAAUGGAGGCCCAUCGGACGAGGAGCACGACUCCAAACGAAAAAGACAGAAAUUGCUGCAGGAAGCAAUGGUGCGUGAGCGUGUCAACUCCAUUCUGCUUGGGAUAACUGGGGGGGGCCCUCGCCCCAUAGACGGGACAAUCAUUUUCCCACCAAUAGACCCCACACGGAUAUUGCGGCCGCACCGCGAUGCCCUCAUUCUAUCAUUGGGGAUGGACAAGUUCGACGUAGGAUGCAACUUAAUUGACUCAGGCAGCUCAGCCGAUCUGGUGCAGGCAUCGGUGAUAAGCCAUAUGGAACACAAUUUAGUUGGUCUCGAAAACCUUGGGCGAAUCUUGUCCGGGUUCAACGGGGCAUCAACUAUAUCCUUGGGAGACAUUGUGCUGCCAAUCCAAGCUGGUCCAGUCACUCUCAACGUUCAGUUUUCGGUGGUACAAGAUUUAUCACCCUUCAAUGUUAUCUUGGGGAGCACAUGGCUGCACUACAUGAAAGUCAUCCCUUUCCACGUAUCAUCAGAUGGUAAGCUUUCUUACCAAGGAUGGGCAAAUCAACCUGUACGGCAACUAGUUAGCCGCUCGCCAAUGCUACCAGAUAGCAAGAGAAGCAGGGACCAGUCAGGAGGAUAA